AUGCCGCCAACAUCACUCACCACUGCCUCGAUUGCGGCUGUCGCAACCGGCCUUGUUGCUUACGCCCUCUACUUUGACCACCGCCGACGGUCGCAGCCCGAGUUCCGCCGGGUGCUCCGGAGAAACGAGCGGCAGCAGGCCCGGGCUGAAAAGGAGAUGGCUCACAAGGAAACCGCCAAGCAGCGCGAGGUCAUCAAGCUGGCCGUCGACCUGGCCAAGGCCGAGGGCUUUCCCACCAGCGUCGAGGACAAGGAGGCCUUCUUCCUGGACCAGGUGUCCAAGGGCGAGACUCUGGGUACUGACCCGACCAAAUCGAUCGAGUCUGCCCUCCACUUCUACAAGGCCCUCAAGGUCUACCCAACGCCUGGCGAUCUGAUACGCAUCUAUGACCAGACCGUAUCCAAGCCCAUCCUCGACAUCCUCGCCGAGAUGAUCGCCUUCGAUGCCGAGCUCAGCAUCCGCGACAUGGCCCCGCAGCCGUCUCUCGGGGUCAACGACCUAUUCCCGCCACAAGCGAGCCUCGACUAA